AUGACCCUGGCAGUGCAGUGCUCACUGAGCCAGGAUGGCCGCUUCAACUGCUCCGCGCCGUCGCUGGGCCCCGAGGAGAGCCGGGCGCUGGCUUUUCUCUGCUUCUCUCUUGCCGCCCUCACGGUCAUGGGCAACCUCCUCGUGGUGGCCUCCAUCGCCUUAUUCAGACAACUCCAGACCCGCACCAACGCCUUCACGCUGUCUCUGGCCGUGGCCGACCUUCUGGUCGGACUCCUGGUCAUGCCGUUCAGUGCCACGCGCUCGCUGUAUGGCUGCUGGUUCUUUGGGCGAACCUUCUGCAAGGUGCACACGUGCCUCGACGUCCUCUUGAGCACGGCCUCCAUCGCACACCUGGGCGCCAUCGCCUUCGACCGCCACACGGCCAUCUGCGACCCCCUCCGCUACCACCAGCGCCUCACAGCCGGUCGCGCGGCCACCCUGGUGGCAAUCUGCUGGGUGGGUUCGGCCCUGCUGGCCGUGGGCCCCAUCCUGCUCGGGUGGAACACGGUGGGCAUCGAGGAACUGGUGGCCUCAUCCUGCCCAGACGCCUGUGUCCUCUUAAUGAAUGCCCCCUUCGCCAUAGCCGGCUCCACCUGCAGCUUCUUCGUUCCGAGCUUUGUCAUGGUGGUCACGUAUCUGCGCAUCUACCGGGUGGCACUGCGCCAGGCGCGGGCUGUUCGCAACGUCGUCUCAGUGUCGUCCGUGGCAUGGGAACAUUGCGACAUCAACUCAAGACCGGAAAAGAGAACGGACCAGAGACGGGAUCGAAGUGCCACCAAAACCUUGGGAAUAAUCAUGGUGGCCUUUGUCACCUGCUGGUUGCCCUACUUUUCACUCACCCUGCUCGACCCAUUCACGGGGUUCUUGGCUGAACCCUGGGUAUGGGAGUCGACUGCGUGGCUCGCGUAUAUGAAUUCAGCGCUCAAUCCCAUCCUCUACCCAGCUUUCAACCGGGCCUUCCGUCAGGCCUUCCGCCUGGUGUUCACAUGUGCAUGGCGUUUGCGGAACGUGAGGCGCGCCAACCUCGCCUAGUGAAGGAUGGGGCGUGCUUCACCAUAACUUCCUUCUAUGCAAUAUUGACAUCUGACCGUCUGUCAAGAUAUUACUCUAACAAUGUGACCACUUCCACGUCCGUUCGGUUCAAGUAUAGAUUAUUCUUUUGGUGAACAGACAAUGCGUCGCGUUUAUAAAAAUUUGGUAUUGGACCGAUCUCACCACCACCUUCCGCUUCGUCGCCGACCUUUGGGUGCCACCCCUUUGUUUCGGUAACUCGGUCGUCUUUAGCAGAGACCACUGUGAUACCUGCAAUGGGUAGCUACUCAGGUCGCAAGCCCUCGACGUUUCUAGCCCCUCCCGCUUCGACCAUUUCACCCCCACAGUCCGGGGUAUGAAGCAGAUAGUCAAGUAGGACCUGGUUGUUAAGGCAGGGAGUGGGGAGAAGUAAGGAGAGAGUGUUUUAGAAAAGGGGCAGGGCUUGGGUUUGGUGGCAGCACCUUGCCCGGAAAUCACGUGCUGCUCCCCGGGCUGGAAGAACCUGCACCUGGAAAAAUUGUUUAAGUUAAAAUACUCACCAAGUGAGGUUGUUCCGUCUA